GGAAGCGGGAGAGAAGCCCACGUCGCCUGUCAUCCGAGUCCUCCAGCCGCGCCUCUCCGAAGAGUGCAACAUGUUCGGCUGCGCCAAGCUCGCCUGCACCCCCGCCCUGAUCCGAACUGGAUCCAGAGUUGCAUACAGACCAAUUUCUGCAUCACUGCUAUCUCGACCAGAGGCUAGGACUGGAGAGGGCUCUACGGUAUUUAAUGGGGCCCAGAAUGGUGUGUCUCAGUUAAUCCAAAGGGAGUUUCAGACCAGUGCAGUCAGCAGAGACAUUGAUACUGCGGCCAAAUUUAUUGGUGCAGGUGCUGCAACAGUAGGAGUGGCAGGUUCUGGUGCUGGUAUUGGAACAGUCUUUGGCAGCCUCAUCAUUGGUUAUGCCAGAAACCCUUCGCUGAAGCAGCAGCUGUUCUCAUAUGCUAUCCUGGGAUUUGCCUUGUCUGAAGCUAUGGGUCUCUUUUGUUUGAUGGUUGCUUUCUUGAUUUUGUUUGCUAUGUAACAGAAAUUACUGCUAAAAAUGUUGGUGUUCAUAUUAAUUACGAAUGUAAUUCUGUGUAUCUUACUGUGACUCCGAAACUGUAGUAUUGGUGUCAUGGAAAUGUACGUUAUUUCCAAAGUCAUUUCAUUAAAGUUGAAAACUUUAA